UUUAAGGCAUAAACAAAGGGUUAAUCAAAAAGGGAAAACCUGAUCUUCCUUUUUCAGGUAAUGACUCAUCAUCACUCCUUCCACCCUUUCCCUCAAUUUCGUCUUCAAAUUCAUUUUUCUUAAGAUCCCAAUUUCCCGUUCAUAAUUUGAUCACUGAAAGCUUCGAUCACUGAUUACCUGCGCUGUUUUCUUGAUCUCUUGCUCCAUCUAUGAAUCCGAGAAGGGAUUAUAGAGGCUCUAGAACUUCUGCUUUUGAUGGCAUUGAGGAGGGAGGUAUCAGGGCCUCGUCCUCGUAUUCCUCUCAUGAAAUUGAUGAACAUGACAAUGAUACAGCACUUGAUGGAUUGCAAGACAGAGUUAACCUUCUGAAAAGAUUAAGUGGUGACAUAAAUGAAGAAGUUGAUGCUCAUAACCGGAUGUUGGAUAGAAUGGGCAACGAGAUGGAUUCAUCACGAGGAUUCUUGUCAGGAACUGUGGAUCGGUUUAAGCAGGCAUUCGAGACCAAAUCAAGCAGACGAAUGUUUACUCUUGUGGCCUCAUUUGUGGUUCUUUUCCUUAUUAUCUACUAUCUUACUAGGUAAUCCCCCAAAUAGCUAGAAAUUGAUACAACUCCAGGCUUUGUAUCUGAAUUGGGUUGCUAGUUCGAGUCUCUUCUUUCUCAGUUACCGUGUUUUUCACAUGAUAUCGGUACAUGCCAGAUUGUAAAGAAAUUAUAAAGCUGUGAUAUGGGUACUUGAAUGUAUGAAGUUCUUUUGAGUGUGGUUUCAGAUGUUUCCAGUUAAAUGAAUAUAUUUCUUGCCUUUUUUUUAGCUAA